AUGGCUUUGAAGAGGAGGAAGCUUAACAAUUCUGGGAUUUUGUCGAACUCUUAUAUUCCACCGUUACGUGCAACCCAAAUCGAUCGAGAAUUGCAGAAACUUCCACCUGACUCGCUCUACAACCUUACACACCUAUGGUUAUCCAUUCCAUCAACACAACCUGUACCGAACGCAUAUUUGCGAAGGAAAGGAUACACCAAAUCAAGCUUGGCAGAUACCUUCUUAACAAAGUUGAAAUCCCUUAAAAACUUCAAAAAUAAGACACAGUUGAAGAAAAAGCUUAUUAAUACCAUCCUUGUCGAAUUUUACCCUAAUGGACUGAACACAUUACAGCUUGCACAGAUAGAUGUACAGCUACUUGUUGAUAGACCUACUUCCAGCUCAUGGAUUUCUUCUACAGUGAAGAUUGUUAAUGGUUCGAGUGAUAUACCAUCAAAUGAAGAAGAUAUUUCCAAUGAUGAACGAAACGACAAAAUAUCGAAAUUGACUAACUAUACGUUUUCCUUAGACUCACAGUUAUUUUUGGAUAAAUUUAUUGCAAACCUUGCAAACCUAUAUUUGACGCAUGUUUAUAUCUCUAGGCAUCCGUAUUUCCCAUUGAUUAUGGUUCGAGUCCAAAUGUAUGAUUAUACUUAUCACCGAUCCUCCGCAACACAUAGUGAAGUUUUUCAAGACUUAACCAACAGGGCAUUGUUCAAAUCGGAAAAAAUGAAAUUCAAUGAAGAUCUUGACAGAAUCCUCAACAACAAGAACAAUAGGACACCAAAUCAAGAGAUUAAUACUAACCUGCAAAGGCAGGUCAGGCUUCAAAUUCAGCCGCAAGUAAGAUCACAUAAACCAUUUUAUAUUCUUCUUCCCAUAUCUUCACCGCAUGUCAUUCAUUCUGUAUUUCCACCCGAUGAUGUUUGUAGCCGACUAAUAUUACAAACACUUGAAACAACAUUGGCCAAUGAUGAUUUUUAUAAGGUUAAUCGACCAUGUGAGGCCAAAACAAACAAGUUAGACACAAACACUUCAAUUAUCACCAGUAGAAAGAUCAGAAUAUUCAGAGAUGCAGAUAUUCCUAAACCAAUAAAGAACUUAAACACAAUGUUCUUACUGCGCGGUAUCUCAAGAUUUGGUUCAUCUUUGGGUGCUUGGGCACCUUAUGCAGAGGGAAUUGUUGAUAUGGAUAUUUUUGAAAAUGAAUUGAAACAUUUGAUUGUUCAGCCAGAAGAGAUGAUAGAGCUCGAUGGACAUAGUGAUGAUGAUUUGCAGGGUCGACCGAAAGCAGAGGACAGAAAGCAACGCAAAAUCAUUUCUGCGCUUAAGUUCAAAGGGACUCUGAAAAGGAUUAAGCCAAAGAAAUUGUAUAAAUGUAAUGGAAACCAUGGAGAUAGUGAUGACUACAAUGAUGCUAGUAUUGAUUUAGAGGAGUAUGAACAAAACAAUGAGAAUUUCUUUGAAUCUGAGCAAAAAAGGUUGCAAAAUAGAUAUGCAUCGGCAGUUCCCAUUAACGAGUCUAAAUUUGAGAUAAAAGCCCAGUUGGAAAAGAAGAAGACCCAAGGAAAUGAGAAGGACGUUUUUUCGUUUACUAUGGAACUAACAGGCUCUGACGUAUAUGGUGGGUUACACGAAUUAGCUGAUCAGGGUGUCAUUGAUCCAUGCAAGAUUCCAGACUGGCUAACCGGGGAAGUACCUAUGGGGGGUACAGUAGUGAAUGGGAAGCUUCGUACGAAGCGUUGA